GGCAAACUCCGUACUUGAACUUCAGAUAACUUCGAACGAUACUUGCCUUUCCUCUUGCUGUUUCUGUCGCGCUUACAAAGCCUUGCGCACCCCUUCAUAUGCAUUUCGGUAGUGGGUGCCGGGAAAUUGGCAAUUAAACUAUUUCUGAAGGCGAGGCAACCUCCUCUGAUUUAUCCUCAAGGAGUCAUGCGUAUAUUCGCGAUAUAAUUGGUCUCGAUUAGGGCUUUUAAUAUGUUCUCGCCGGACAUUCCGAAGCGGGGCCAGCUAAGAGUAGCUAAGACUGCUAGCUUGAUCUUGUAUAGACCAAUCGCUCCACUACCCAAUUGCACGUGUGGAAGCUUGCCUACAUCGUGUCUUGCCUAUCGGCAACACGCGAAUGCAGCCAUGUAAGCAUACAGCUAAGUUAUAAAAGCCCAGCCCGUUGGCUGUUUCUUGUUGGAGAGACACGGCUUCAAUUCUUUCUCAUCAUGAAGGCAACUGCUGCUUCCCUCUUGCUGGCUCUGUCCAGCGCCGUCAAUGGCCGCCCUACAGUGGACAAUCGCUUUCCAUACAAGGGCCCUGCGGUUCCUGUAGGUGAUUGGGUCGAUCCCACGAUCAACGGCAACGGCAAAGGCUUCAAUCGACUCGUGGAGCCUCCGGCCGUCAAGCCUGCAUCGUCGCACCCGACGAACAAUGUUAAUGUGAUCUCGCUGUCGUAUAUUCCCGACGGUAUUCACAUUCACUACCAGACGCCCUUUGGCCUGGGACAAUCACCCGCGGUGAAAUGGGGUACUAGCCCAACCCGCUUGGUCAACGUCGCGCGAGGCUUUUCUCAUACCUACGACCGUACACCGUCCUGCUCGCAGGUGAAGGCUGUCACACAGUGUAGUCAGUUCUUCCACGAGGUUUCUCUGCCUCAUCUUGAGUCUGGCAAGACCUACUACUACCAGAUCCCCGCCGCCAAUGGCACAACGGAGUCUGAGGUCUUGAGCUUCACCACCGCCCGAAAGGCUGGUGACCCUACCGAAUUCUCGGUGGCCGUUCUGAAUGAUAUGGGCUACACCAAUGCGCAGGGUACACACAAGUACCUAACCAAGGCGGCCAGCGAGGCCGCCUUUGCGUGGCACGGUGGUGAUAUCAGUUACGCAGAUGAUUGGUCUUCUGGUAUCAUGGCCUGUGAGGAUUCCUGGCCUCUCUGCUACAACGGCUCUAGCAGCUCGCUCCCCGGUGGUGUGAUCACCCCAGAGUACAAGCAGCCCCUUCCUAAGGGAGAAAUUCCGAACCAAGGUGGUCCCCAGGGUGGUGACAUGAGUGUCAUUUACGAGUCCAACUGGGAUCUCUGGCAGCAGUGGAUGGGUAACAUUACGAAGAAGAUUCCCUACAUGGUUCUUCCCGGUAACCACGAGGCUGCUUGUGCUGAAUUUGAUGGCCCCAAUAACGUCCUCUCGGCGUAUCUAGAUCACAAAGAGCCAAACAGCACCUGGACCAAGCAAGACCUGAACUACUACAGCUGCCCUCCUUCCCAGCGAAACUUCACGGCUUUCCAGCACCGCUUCCGCAUGCCCGGUUCCGAGAGCGGCGGUGUGACCAACUUCUGGUACUCGUUCGACUAUGGCCUCGCCCACUUCGUCUCCAUCGACGGGGAAACCGACUACGCCAACAGCCCUGAAUGGUCCUUCGCCAGGGAUCUCACCGGCAAUGAGACCUUCCCGAAGGAGUCGGAGACAUUCGUCACAGACAGCGGCCCCUUUGGAGCUAUCGACGGCAGCGUCAAGGACACCAAGGCCUAUGAGCAGUACAAGUGGUUGAAGAAGGACCUCUCCAGCGUAGACCGCACCAAGACUCCCUGGGUCAUUGUCAUGAGUCACCGCCCCAUGUACAGCUCUGCAUACUCGUCCUACCAGAAGAAUAUUCGGGAGGCAUUUGAGGCGCUUCUCCUCGAGUAUGGCGUUGAUGCUUACCUCUCCGGCCAUAUCCACUGGUAUGAGCGCUUGUGGCCGUUGGGUGCGAACGGCACUAUCGAUCGUGCUUCAGUGCUAAACAAGAAUACUUACCGGGCCAACCCUGGCAAGUCCAUGACUCAUAUUGUUAACGGUAUGGCGGGUAAUAUUGAGAGCCAUAGUGAGUUUAGCGCAGGCCAGGGCCUCACUAAUAUCACUGCGGUACUGAAUACGAAGGAGUAUGGUUUCAGUAAGCUUACUGUUGCUAACGCUACUGCUCUGAAGUGGGAGUACGUGAAGGGCAGUGAUGGCUCUGCUGGAGAUACACUUUGGUUGAUUAAACCUGAGGCUGCUGGUUCCCACGGCCACGGAAAGCGGCCUGUUGGGAAGAAGCCUCGUUACUAA